CUUUUUAGGAUGUUUUUGUUCAGUCAAGUUGUUUAUUUGAUUUGCUUAUUUGCCACAGUUUCCUGUGGAUGUCUGACUCAACUAUAUAAAAAUGCCUUCUUCAGAGGUGGGGAUGUCAUGGCCAUGUACAGCCCAGAUGCCCAUCACUGUCAGAAAAUGUGCACGUUCCACCCCAGGUGUUUGCUCUUCAGCUUUCUUCCUGCAAGUUCAACCAAGGAGCCAGAGAAAAGGUUUGGCUGCUUCUUGAAAGACAGUGUUACAGGAACCUUGCCAAGAGUGCAUCGGGUAGAUGCAAUUUCUGGACAUUCCUUAAAACAAUGUGGCCAUCAAAUAAGUGCUUGCCACAGAGAUAUUUAUGAAGGAAUUGAUAUGAGAGGAACCAAUUUUAAUAUGUCUAAGGUUCAAAAUGUUGAAGAAUGUCAAAAAUUGUGCACCAACAACAUCCACUGUCAAUUUUUCACAUAUGCUACGGAAAAAUUUCCCAACGUGGGAUAUCGGAACAACUGCUUAUUAAAACACAGCACAAGUGGAACCCCUACGAGUAUAAAAGUGCUGGAUAAUCUUGUGUCUGGAUUCUCGCUGAAGCCCUGUGCAGUCUCAGAAAUUGGUUGCAACAUGGAUCUUUUUCAGAACCUUGCAUUUUCAGAUGUGGACGUGGGCAGAGUCAACACCCCGGAUGCUCUUGUGUGUCGAACCAUCUGUACCUACCACCCCAACUGCCUCUUCUUCACCUUCCACAACAGUGCAUGGAGCGUAGAGGCACAAAGAAAUGCUUGUUUCCUUAAGACUUCUGCAAGUGGAGCUCCAAGUUCUUUUACUCCUCAAGAAAAUACUGUAUCUGGACAUAGUCUGUCCACCUGCAGAAGAACACUGCCUGAGCCCUGUCAUUCUAAAAUUUACUCUGGAGUUGACUUUGGAGGGGAAGAAGUGAAUGCUACCUUCGUGGAAGGAGCGAAUGUUUGCCAAGACACCUGUACAAAGACAAUUCGUUGUCAGUUUUUUACUUACUCUUUACUCCCAGAAGACUGUAAGGGCAAUAAGUGUAAAUGUUCUUUAAGAUUAUCUUUAGAUGGUUCGCCAACUAGGAUCACGAAUGGGAUACGAGGGAGCUCUGGUUAUUCUUUGAGAAUGUGUAAAAAGGAGGGCAGCUCUAUCUGCGCAACGAAAACAAACCUGCGCAUUGUGGGAGGAACGAACUCUUCUUUGGGAGAGUGGCCCUGGCAGGUCAGCCUGCAAGUGAAGCUCACAUCUCGGAACCACCUGUGUGGAGGAUCCAUCAUUGGACGCCAGUGGAUCCUGACUGCUGCCCACUGCUUUGACGGGAUUCCCUUCAUGGACGUUUGGCGCAUUUAUGGUGGCAUUUUACAUCUGUCAGAGAUUACAAAAGAAACUCCUUUCUCAAAAAUAAAAGAACUUAUUAUUCAUCAGAAUUAUAAAAUUUCAGAAGGUGGUCAUGACAUUGCCUUAAUAAAACUUCAGGCUCCCUUGAAUAACACAGAAUUCCAAAAACCAAUAUGUCUGCCUUCCAAAGCUGAUACACAUACAAUUUAUACCAACUGUUGGGUGACUGGAUGGGGCUACACUAAGGAAAAAGGUGAAAUUCAAGAUACUCUACAAAAGGUCAACAUUCCUUUGGUAAAAAAUGAAGAAUGCCAGAAAAGAUACAGAGAUUAUGUCAUCACCAAUCAGAUGCUCUGCGCUGGCUACAAGGAAGGGGGGAAAGACGCUUGUAAGGGAGAUUCCGGUGGCCCCUUAGUUUGUAAACACAAUGGAAUAUGGCAGUUGGUGGGCAUCACCAGUUGGGGCGAAGGAUGUGCUCGCAAGGAACAACCAGGUGUCUAUACGAAAGUUGCUGAGUAUGUGGACUGGAUUUUAGAGAAGACACAGAACACUGAUGUCAUUGCUCUGAUGACAUCACCAGCAUGA